GGCGAUUCGAAGCGGCUCCGAGCUCAGUCGAGCUCGACGCUUUGCCCGCGCGGUUCCGUGCCCAGAGAGGAGAGAGAGAACGAGCGGUCUCCGCCGCGAAUCUUUGACAGCGCGCGCGAACACGUCCGACAGCUUCGUGAACGUUACUCGACGGACGUUCCUCAGUGAGAUACGAUUGCUUCCGAGCUGGGUUACACGCGCACCGGGCGUCGACGCUGCCGUAGGAGUCGAUCGGAGGAGACUCGGGGAGAUCAAAGGAUGGCAUAGAUCCGUACAGGUCGCCAGCAUGUCCUACGUGAUAGUCACUGGUCGAAGUCUGCUGUGGACGCUGCUGUCCCUGACGGCGUUGAUGGCGGUGUUCUCGGGCCUCAUCACUCCGAAAUGGCUGAUCGGGAUGCCGCAGGUGGUUAAAAACGCGAGAAACGGAUCGGAGGUGUACGUCCCGACGGUCGGCGUCUACAAUCGCUGCAUCAGGCUCCACGGCAGGACGCACUGCGGGAACUUCAACGUGGACGGGUUCGCCACGGACUCCAGCGUGUUCCCAGGCUGCUGGAAAGCGUCUUACUUCUUCCUGUUGCUCGGACUGGCGAUCAUGGCGAUCACGGUGUUCGCCGCGCUGAUCGGAUGCUGCAUACAGAGCAUCGGCCGAAAGAGCAUCUUCAACUUGGCCGGGGUUGCUCAAGUGAUCGCAGGAAUAUCGUACAUAUUAGGGAUGAUACUGUAUCCAGCUGGCUGGGGAGCGGAGAGGGUGCAGCGGAUUUGCGGACUCGAGGCGGACGCUUUCUAUCUCGCGGAUUGCAAGCUCGGCUGGGCGUUCUACAGCGCCCUGACAGGGGUGGCACUCACCUUCGUCUGCGCGGUGAUCAGCGGCCAGGCGGAGAAGUCCACGGCCAGCGACAAGGUCCAGGACAAGCUGAACGAGGGCAAGACCCUGAUCUGUCUCGCGUGAAACGGAGCUGUUCCCCGGCUCCUCUCUCUCGUCGAUGUCGCGAGGGGGACGGGGAAAGUUCACGGGACCAAGUUCGAAACCGGCGACGAGCGGCGAUCUUCGCGACGACCCUCGCGGCGAGGUCGUCGAUCCCCGAUCGAGUACUUAUCGCGAGAGCGACUCUCCGCCGUGCGCUGCGGAAUCUCCGCAGCCCAGUCACUUUUCUAAUUUCUCUUUUUACGAAACGGACACGCUCGUAAUUAAUAAAGGUUACGACACGGGAAAAA